AUGAUAGAAAGCGGAAUCAAGAUUGAUGAAGUCUUCGAGAUGGUUUUAAAUUUAGCAGUAAUCAGAAUAGCUAUAGCUUCAUCCUCUAAAGAUUUGGAAGAAGAGAUUAUCAGAGAGAUAACUAAACGAAUCUUACAGAAUAGAUAUAGAUUUAGCAGGAGACAAGUGGAUGAUUUAUUCUCUGCCCAGAAAAAUGGAAGUAUAUUUGAAGAGCCAUUGCCCUGCAAUAGAGACGAUUCAGAGCCGGACCCAGAUUCAGACGAGGACUCAGAUGUGGUAUCGUUAAAAAUUAUCUUUUUUCUUUUAGCUUUACAUGAUGUACGACUUUUUCAAGAAAGUUAUGUGUGGAAAAAUAAGGCCACUCUAUUGUUCAAAGAUGGUAUAUCUCAGAUUGGAAGGUUUAAAAAUCUCUCCACAUCAUUAGAUGAUUCAGAUGGUAUAGUCGAAGCUAAAGUAGGAAAGCAAAAAGUCAAUUGUCGCCUUGAACCAGGAUUUCUUGGUCCAUCUAUGUGUAGUGAUAAGCUCCUCAAGAAAAUCGGUGGUAAAAUUAGCAGAAAGUUGACUCCCGAAGAGAAAGAUAGCAAAUUUGUCAGAGAGGAAACUACAUCUCCACUUGGAUUGGCCAUAAUUCCACUUACCUUUACUUCUAAUAUAAUAAACAAUCAUCGCCUUAGUAAUUGCCAGAGGCAGACACACAGUGGCUAUAGAUCCAUCACAAUUCCGACUGAAGUACUUGUAGAAAAAUAUGAUCUCCAAACGCCCAACUAUAUCUUGCUUGGUAAUAAUUGGUUCUAUGGACGCAAAUACAAUAAUGAUGAGUUUCAAACGUAUCUACCAGAAAUAGUAAUAGAUGCAAAAAAUGCUUUUGUAAGAACCACCUUACACAUUAAGGACCUCAAAACCAAAAAAAAGCCAAGGAUUAAUGUAUCUGUUAAUAAAAGAGAUAUUCACGAUUUUUACAAAUCACUUUCUGGGGAGUCAGAUUCUUUGGAUUCUUCGGAUAGUGAUUCAGGUAAUUCUUCCACAUCUACUUCGGAAAUAGAAGUUAUACAUAUGCAUAAGACUGAAGCAGUAGGCUCGAAGAGUCAUUGCUGUACAAUAAGGAAACGCCCCAUUCGAAAGCGUAAAGUAAAAGAUAGAGUUAAUUAUUGGGCUAUGUAA